AUGGAAUCGUUUAGAUCUAGCUCGUUUAAAUAUUCGCUGCCAAAUGCACCCAAAAAAAAUGCACCAAAAACGAAUGAAUCCAAAACGAAUCCAUUGAUAAAGCAAAUACGAUUAGCUCAGGUAACUACAGUGAUGGUUCUAUUUCGAAGUCAAGUCAAGAAUAUAGCUCGUUUAAGAUACUUCAGUACUAAGUCUAUAAUUAGAUCAUCGUAUCAGACUGAUGUUAAACGGAAGACAUUAUUAGACAUCCAAAGGCUUUACGAGACUAAGAGUCCUAUAUCAGUGGUAACUGCGUACGAUUAUAUAACAGGUAAGUAUGCUGAAUGUGCCGAUAUAGAUAUCAAUUUAAUUGGAGACUCAUUAGCUAUGGUUGCUUUGGGUUAUGAAGACACUACAGAAAUUCCAUUCGACGAAUUUUUGUACCAUACAAAAGCUGUUCUUAGAGGUAAUAAACUGUCUUUUAUUGUUGCUGAUAUACCAUUUGGAUGUACUGAAAUAUCAGUGGAACAGGCAGUCUCUUCAGCUAUAAAGUUGGUCAAAUACGGGAAAGUUCAAGCUGUGAAAAUCGAGGGAGGAAGUGAUAUAGUGCCUACUGUUAAGAAAUUGUCUUCCGUAGGUAUUCCUGUUAUGGCUCAUGUUGGAUUGACACCACAACGCCAUAAUGCGUUGGGUGGAUUUAAAGUCCAGGGAAAUAGUACAGAGAAAGCUCUUGAGAUCUAUAGGGACUGUUUGGAUUUGCAAGAGGCAGGUGCAUUUGCGCUUCUUCUAGAAUGCAUACCCAACAAAUUAUCCGAAUAUAUUACUAAUAAUUUAUCCAUACCGACCAUUGGUAUCGGUGCAGGUCCAGCUUGUUCGGGUCAGGUCUUGGUCAUGUCCGAUUUGCUCGGGAUGGGAGACCCUAAAAACUCAAUGAAACCGAAAUUUGUCAAGCAAUAUAAUGAUUUCUUCUCUAGUGCUCAGCGCUCACUAAAUACUUACAAAAAAGAUCUACAACAUGGAAAAUUUCCUCUUGCAGACGAUCAUGGGUUCAAAAUAAAGAAGGAAGUAUUCCAUGAUUUUAAGAUGCAGGCUGAUUCAAUGAAAAAGGCCAACUGA